AUGACAUCAGCAAUUCCGUUUCGUUCGUUCAAUGAAAAAUAUCAGUGCAAUGACGACGGAAACUUCACUUAUUCGAGCACUGAACAGGUAAACCUUUUGUUUCAGUUGUUUUUCAAUAUGGCCUGUGUUUCAGAAACGCGUCGAAACAAUGCUGUUCGAAAAUUACAAUUCAUUGGUGUUAGAACCGUUCAAAGAAGUCGGCGACGAGGAAAUGACAGAGAUCACUAUUCUUCGCGCCAGGCACACAGCCUAUUUGCUCAGAUAUCUCAAGAACGCGCCCAAUAGUUACGCGGUAGGCUAAACUCACACCUUGUUCACCCAAUUUUUAUAAUUUCAGACGUUGGAUGCAAGCCGCACGUGGAUGUGCUACUGGGGUGUCAAUUCGCUCAAAAUCCUGGACGCAGAGAUUCCGGAGGAUCAACAAAAGGAUAUGAUCUCCUUUCUGAAGACAUGCGAACAUCCAGACGGAGGAUAUGGAGGAGGACCAGGGCAAAUGGCUCAUUUGGCGCCAACUUACGCGGCCGUCAUGUGCCUUGUCUCGUUCCAAUCUCAAGAAGCACUCGAAUCGAUCAACCGACUGACUCUGUUCAACUUUUUGAAAAACUGCAAGCAUUCAAGUGGUGGUUUCUACAUGCAUGAGGGAGGAGAAGUGAGAAAAACGAGUGGAAUAGGAUGAUUAUCAAUGAUCGCAUUCAGAUCGAUAUGAGAAGUACUUACUGCGCACUCGCAGUUUGCGAAAUCGUCGGACUUCCAACUGAUCAACUUGCGAACGGGGUGGCUGAAUGGGUCAUCAGUUGCCAGACGUACGAAGGAGGAUUCGGCGGAGAGCCAGGCACAGAAGCCCACGGAGGAUACACCUUCUGUGCGCUUGCUUCGCUGGUGCUGCUGAACAGGUCAGAAGAUCUGAAUCAGACUGAGUGUUAUCUUCACAGGAAAACCUGGCGAAAUGACACGUGAACAGCACGUGUUUAAUUCACUCAACUGAUCUUUCUGACCAUAGGUGCGGAAUGUUUGAGAAACGCCAAAAUAUUUUUUUUUUUUGCUCGGAUUGGAAUUUCCGAACCAGCGGCAAUUAUAAGACCCCCAUUUUUUUUUGAAACAGGCCCCUGUCCCGAACUGCCGACGCUCAACUCAAAACACCUAUGUUUCUGACCCCGAUUUGUGGUGCUUUCAGAUUCCGUCUCGUUCAUUUGGACAGUCUUCUCCGCUGGGCGAGUCGUCGUCAAAUGAAAUUCGAGGAGGAUUCCAGGGAAGAACGAACAAACUGGUUGACGGAUGCUACAGCUUCUGGCAGGGAGCCACUUUCCCGUUGUUGGACGGAGAGAUGGCACGAGAGGGGAAAACUCUCGAGACAGGCCUGUUUGAAGCGAGAAUGCUGGAGGAAUACGUGAUCGUCGGUUGUCAGUCAAUACACGGAGGCUUCCGUGAUAAGCCCGAAAAACGUGAGUGGAUAAUCACAUAGAAUUUUAGCCAACUGCUUUUUUUAUUUUCAGCGGUCGACAUGUAUCACACUUGCUAUGUGCUCAGCGGACUAUCCAUCGCCCAGAAGUACUCUCUGGCUCGCGAAGGAGAGGUUCUCGGUGGUCCGGCUAAUACUCUUGCGGAAAUCAACCCGGUUUUCAAUGUGACCGUCGCUUCUGAACAGUUCGCAAAAGAAUACUUCACUUCUCACUAA